UUUUUUUCAAUCUUUUUUUUUUGUUUUUUAUAUUAUCUCCAAACUUCACCUCCAUUGUUUUGGGCUAAGCAUCACAUUCACAAGCCCUUGAUGCUCUAACGCCCUCAUUGCCCUUCCAUUUUUCAUUCUCCGAGAGAGAGUCAGAGAGAGAUAAGUUUGUUUAAUCAUAUCAAUUGCUUAUAAAACAGGGGAUACAGAUUUUACAGAGCACAGUCCUUCCCCAUAUAAGUGGACCACACUCGACUCUGCACUUCCAGCGAAAAAGGAAGAGAGGAACAUAAGAAAAGAUAGAAGGACGUGAAGAGUGUCUUACCUUUCCCUUAACUUCCAUUCUCAGAGUUUCUUAGGCUGCCAUGGCUUCCAGGACGGUCUCUUGGUUGCUUGCUCGUUCCAUCUCUUCUUCUGGGCCCAGAUCUGCCCUGCUUCCAAGAGGGAAGAAAUUAGGGUUGGUGAGCAGAGGAGGAAUCCACAGGUACAACAGCACUGCUGCCGCUGCUGAGGAACCCAUUACUCCACCUGUAACUGUACCACAUACUCAACUCCUCAUUAAUGGCAAAUUCGUUGAUGCCGCUUCAGGAAGAACUUUCCAAACACUGGACCCAAGAACUGGGGAACUGAUUGCUAAUGUAGCUGAAGGUGACGCCGAGGAUGUCAAUCGAGCUGUCGCCGCUGCUCGCAAGGCAUUUGAUGAAGGACCAUGGCCCAGGCUUCCUGCUUUUGAAAGGCAAAAGAUAUUGUUGAAGUGUGCUGAUUUGGUAGAUAAGCACAACGAUGAAAUUGCAGCACUUGAGACGUGGGACAAUGGGAAGCCUUAUGAACAAGCUGCUAAAGUUGAGGUGCCAAUGUUUGCGCGGCUCUUUCGGUACUAUGCUGGUUGGGCUGAUAAGAUCCAUGGCCUCACUGUACCGGCUGAUGGACCUUACCACGUGCAAACCUUGCAUGAGCCAAUUGGGGUUGCAGGGCAGAUCAUUCCAUGGAACUUCCCUCUUCUCAUGUUUGCCUGGAAGGUUGGCCCGGCUUUAGCAACUGGGAACACCAUUGUUCUCAAGACUGCUGAACAAACGCCUCUGUCUGCUCUCUAUGUGGCUAGGCUAUUCCAUGAGGCUGGCCUUCCUGAAGGUGUUUUGAAUAUCAUUUCUGGGUUUGGACCAACUGCUGGUGCGGCUCUUGCUAGCCAUAUGGAUGUCGACAAGCUUGCUUUCACUGGAUCAACUGAAACCGGAAAGAUUGUUCUGGAGCUAGGAGCAAAAAGCAACUUGAAGCCAGUCACUUUGGAGCUUGGAGGGAAAUCACCUUUCAUUGUUUGUGAGGAUGCUGAUGUGGAUCAAGCUGUUGAGCUUGCUCAUUUUGCUUUGUUCUUCAACCAGGCAUGUGCUUGUUUCUGCAGAACACUGGCCAGUGCUGCUGCGCUGGAUCUCGUACAUUCGUGCACGAAAAAGUAUACGACGAAUUUGUUGAGAAAGCCAAGGCGCGUGCUUCAAGACGCUCAGUCGGCGAUCCAUUCAAGGCCGGCAUUGAACAAGGCCCUCAGGUAUACUUCAAAUAAGUCUUUUCUAACUUUGACAAACUCCGGAUCAGCCAAUUUCUUAAAAGCAGGAAGAGUCGAUUCAGAGCAGUUUGAGAAGAUCCUGAAAUACAUAAGAUCUGGUGUCGAGUGUGGAGCUACCCUUGAAACUGGAGGUGAGCGACACGGUUCCAAGGGCUACUACGUCCAGCCUACUGUCUUCUCUAACGUCAAGGAUGACAUGUUGAUUGCAAAAGAUGAGAUCUUUGGACCAGUUCAGUCCAUCCUGAAGUUCAAGGAUCUUAAUGAAGUCAUCAAACGAUCAAAUGCAACCCGGUAUGGGCUGGCAGCAGGAGUGUUUACGCAGAACAUAGACACCGCCAACACCUUGAUCAGGGCGCUUAGAGUUGGGACGGUGUGGGUGAACACGUUUGAUAUCUUUGAUGCCGCGAUCCCCUUUGGUGGGUACAAGAUGAGCGGACAUGGGAGGGAGAAGGGUAUCUACAGUCUUAGCAAUUACUUGCAAGUGAAGGCAGUUGUUACUCCCUUGAAGAACCCUGCUUGGCUAUAGUUUGCAGCCUGGAUUUCGGGGUCGGUGGGGGAAGGGGGAGGUUGUUUCUCCUCUGUGUCCAUUCCCCUUCUUCGUGCCUGGUAAUUUGAGUGGAAAUGAUGACGAUGAUGAUAAAAGAUGAAGAUGGUCGCCAUGAAGAAUACUGUCGUUUUUCUCUCUUUAUUUCGUGUUGGUGGUUGUCAUCUACUUUCUUUUUUUCUUUUUGGAGGAAGCCUCUACUCUAGCAUUGAUUGUUUACUUUGGGUUUUUCACUUUUGUAUGUCAUGCAGCCUUCUGUACCAAAAGCUCUUCAUGGUGAUCACCUGAACUGAAUCUAUGAUUCCAAUAAUUAGAAGGCAAAGUGCUUCCCUUUGAAAGUGGAACUCUUUCCAGAUUAGCCCCUUUUCCUCGUUGAAUGAUGUGAGGAUUUUAUAGCUCAAGAACCAGUCCAGGAGAGAGAGAAAAAAAAAACCAGCACCGUGAAUCAGUCGUACACCCUGUCCGUAUAAAACCCCCCUUGGCCAACAGCAAAACAGAGUAACUGUAAUCUAUCAAACCUCUAUCAAACACAAAACUAGAUAAUGCAAUUGGGAUUUUGUGGUGGUGUGAAUGAAAAUGAAGGGAAGAGAGUGAAAGUAGUUCAAAGGAGCUAAAAAAGGCUCAUUUAUACAAUCUUGCA